AUGACAAGAGGCACAAAGCCAAACUUGUCUGUGGCUCCCACCGCGGACUCUGGCUACCUCCUCCUAGUGGAGUGCCACAGUGGCAGUGGAGGCGAGGCAUUUCAACUCGGAGCGGAACUCCUCCGCUGGCCUGAGGAAGUUGCGGCGAGUGUGUACGGUGGUGGGAGCGCCACCCUCCCCAGCAUCCCUGUCAGCAACAAGUACUUCUCUGCAAGCGUUCGUGUCGUGAUCACUGAUAGUGAUGCCCUGAUGGCUGCCACUGCUGCUGAGGUAGCAGACGCAGCAGAUGCCUCGCUGGUGUCGAGGUUGAUGCAGCCGCCAUCUGUGCAGAAGACGGGCUGCGUAUUACUUGUGGACGGGUCCGUGCAUCCGGAUCAAGUUUCCUGGCACCAUGUUCCCCAUUUGUGCCUUUUCCGUGUUGUGAUGAACUUCAGAGGAGCCGGCGCGAAGGUGCGGGACGAAAUGUGGUACGAUGCCUGUGUGGCCAAUGGUUUUGAGUACGUGCCGCAUGCGGAGGGCUUUGAGGUGCUGCCAGCAGGGGUAGAGCGGAGUGGUCUGCUCGGGGGAGAUCAUCGAGGGGCUGCACGGCUGUGUCAGAUUCUUCACAACACAAUGUGGCCGGAGUCGUGUCGUGUGUUCAACGAGACCUGCAGUGAUGCUGAUAGGCAUGUGGUAAGGCGUCGCGCGGCUUCCACUAACCUGUUGGCGGUUAUAGGUGUCAAUGGGGAGGACGUCCUUCAUUGGCUGUGUACAGCUUGCAGGGAUCGUCGCUUCUUCACUGCACAGUGGCCGUUGGGGGCGGAGGCCAAGACUCGGGAGCAACGAGAAACCUCGUCCUGGAGGAGCUCAGAGGAGGGAGAGCAGAAAGUACUGAAACUUGCCAACAAGUACUACACUGCGACGGUGGGGGUGCAGUGUCUGCACCCUGCGUUGUUCUGUCCCGCCAUGGUGGAUUUAUUUCUGGCCCAGUACCUUGACAGGCGUCCCAAACUGGCCAUUGUUCCCUGGCCCCCCACGCUGCCAGGGCGGGCAGGGAAGGGAACGACGUUUCCGCAACUGCCCGUCCUCAUCGAGCACCUCCGUCUGUGGGGCGUAGACGACUGUGUCCUCCUUGCUAGAAGUGCGGGCGAGUCCCUGUCUCCUUUUGAGAUGCACUACAUCGAGGAGCAGGGGAUUGAGGUGGUGUGCGUAGCGGAUUCGGAGUUGGCGCGCGACGAGGAGAAAGCACGUGAGUUUGGCACCUCUGGAGCUGACCGGCUUGCGGAGAUCAUUCACACGAUUGAGUGGCCGCAGCGCACUCCCGCCCCAUCAUCACCGCCGACGACGUCCUUGUUGACCUCGGGGAAGCCUUCGAAUCGUGUACUGCUGUGGGCGUGUGCCCCCUCCACUCAGGAGGAGGAGGAGCUUUUGUGCACAACCCUACAAAGGUGUUUCCCUGUCACCUCGGGCCCCAACUCGGUGGCUCUGCUCUCGUUGACGUCCUCCUCCAUUGAUGCACCGCUGACGACAGUAAAUGUCUGCAAUCGCUACUUCGACGCCACCGUCAACGUACACUCCUUCGGUGGGGCUCGAAGCGCCGUUAUGCGGGAAACUGAACUCACUGCAGAGCAGCUAAACACAUUUGGUGUCGUUGCUCUCCUGACGAAGGCGGAGAUGUCUGACGCAUCAACUUGCAUCUCUGUGCAAGCGGCGCUUGAAAAGUGUUGCGGUGCCCAGCGUUCUCGCCGCAGCAUCUGUAACCCCGAGUGCCUCCUUCUUGACGACGAACAGCACGGCAGGGAUAUAACGCCUCAGUUGUGCGCAGCGGCGGAGGCGGCGCCAGUGCACGUGUGGUACGUAGUGGACGGUGACGAGGCGAACGAUCCCCUUGCCACGCGUGUUGACGACAUGUUACUUCACGCCGCGUUAACAACGCGUGACACGGCGCUAGCUGAGGCCACGGGGGACGUGUCCCGUGUGUGCAAAGACGGCAGCGGCGGAUCCUCUAAAACCUCGGACGACGUCAGCAGUGACACGGAGGAGGACUUUCUUGCUGCGAUGCCUAUUGAGGUGCUGUAUGGUGUGGGUGAGGUGGACGGGGUGACGCGGCUCCGAGAAAUUGUGCAGCAGCAUGUGUGGCCGCUCCGGACGAUGACGACCAAAGUGCCACAGCAGGAAGCACAACAAGCCAAAGACGAGACAGAGACGAGGCAUUACACAGGCAGGUUGUCUGUGGAGGAGAAAGAAGAGUGCAAGGUGGAGGAUGCGGUGCUUGCCGCGUUGGUGGUUGGCUGUGAGCUCCCACCAGAUUACCUCGUAGACCCACUCACUCAAAAGUCCGUGCACGUUGAGGCUCUGACUGUGGCGGGUGACGGCACGUUGGGUGGGCGAGAACAAUGCCCGCUGCAGCAGAAGCAGCAGGAGCUGGAACAGGAGCUCAUGGUGUGGAUGGAUAAGAUGAGGCGCCACGGUCACGCACUUCCCCGCGCUGUGCGCCAACGGCAAGCAGAGUUGCUUGCCACCAAACUCGGCGAUCAUCUCGGCAAAUUGGGCGAAGCGUAA